GUUCAUGAACCAAGCCGUGGGUGCGUCCCGGUGCCAUCAGGCACCACCCGGAGGCAGAGCGCGGAACCCUCCGUAAAGCCUUCUGAGUGGAAAAGCCCACGCAGAGGAGGAUGGGCGUCCUGCUGUCCGCUCUGUGUCUGUGGGCGCCCACAGGGUGAAGCUCACAGCUCAUACCGGACAGGAUGGCAGCGCUGCAAAGCUCCAACUCCACGUCUGUGUGGAACCGGUCCUCAGUGGAGCUGAACCGGUUCCGCAGCCUGAGUGAAAUGGAUGUUCCAGCAGAAAGUUCUCCUGCGCUGCGCAUCAUCAUCUCCAUCGUGUACCUGCUGGUGUGCGCUGCGGGGCUGCUGGGGAACCUGCUGGUCUUCUUCCUGAUGAAGGCGGGCAGCGGCAGGAGGAAGAACUCCGCCAUCAACAUGUUCAUCCUCCACCUGGCAGUUACGGACUUCCAGUUCGUCCUCACUUUACCGUUCUGGGCGGUGGACAUUGCGCUGGACUUCAGCUGGCCGUUCGGAAACGCCAUGUGUAAAAUCCUCCUGACAGUGACGGUGAUGAACAUGUACGCCAGCGUGUUCUUCCUCACAGCCAUGAGCGUCACGCGCUACUGGUCGGUGGCUUCAGCUGUGAAGAAGCGGCGCCUGCAGCCAGCCUGGUGGCUCAUCCCUGCGCUCUGGCUGUGCGCCAUGGCGGCCUCUCUGCCUACGGCCGUGUUCUCCACAGUGAGAAGGGUGGCGGGGGAGAGACUGUGUCUGAUGGGCUUCCCGGAGGGCCAGCCUUGGUUUCUGUUUCACUACCUUCAGAAGCUUCUGGUGGGUUUUGUGUUCCCCAUGCUGAUAGUGACCGUGUGCUACCUGCUGCUGCUGCGCUUCGUCCGCCUGCGCUGCAGGAACAACCACCAGGUGAAGCGGAGCUCCAAGGUGACCCGAUCGGUCACCAUCGUGGUCCUUUCCUUCUUUAUCUGCUGGAUGCCGAACCAAGCCAUCACUCUCUGGAGCCUUCUGGUGAAGCUAAACCUUCUCCACUGGGAUCUAGCUUAUUAUAUGGUGCACACCUACCUCCACCCAGUCACUGUGUGCCUGGCGCACACCAACAGCUGCCUCAACCCGGUCCUGUACUGCCUCAUGCGCAGGGAGUUCAGGAAGAGGAUCAAAGCUCUGUUCUGGAGGAUGUCCUCUCCAUCCGGGAGGAACCCAUGCCGCCUGAGGCCUUUCUCCAGGGCGGUCAGAGAGGACACGCAGACCGCCGUCCCUCUCAACAUCCUGGAGACGGUUUUAACGGACCAGUGCGACACGGACGCGGAGCAGCAGAGGUAGCAGGAGCACAUGAAG